CAUAUAAGCUAGUGCGCCAGGCCACAGGACAGCAGUCAAUCCAGAGACUUCGAGAAUAACACACUCACCAUACCAUACCACAACAUACAAUGGAGCACCAUCACAUCUAUCGCCACAAAAAGUUCGACAUGGCUCGAAAGAUCGAGAAGUGCGAUUUGCUGCUCAAGGAGGAGCUAAUCUCCCGGAGCGGCACACCCUGCACCAGUCGGAGUCCGUUCGAUGAGGCGAAUCAGUCCCUCAGUUUGGGAUACAGUGACCAGGAUGCUGACUUUCCUCCGCUGCCAAAGCGACGUCGCUUGGGAUCCUCAUCCUCCAGCGUUUCCUACCACUCCGCCAGUCCCAUCAUAACCGAGGCCAUCCAGGACAUCUUCAAGUACCACGUCAACAUGGUGCGGAAAUUCCCCAAGAAGGAGCGCUCGCCGAAGGAUCAGGAGCGCCGCAACAAGAACACCAUUGCCUGCAGGAUGAGUCGGCGGAAGAAGAAGUUCGAUGACCUGCAGAUCGAACAGCAGUACAAGGAGUGCUCCGUGGAGCACCUCAAGAUCGCCGAGCAGAGUCUGCGCGCCAGGGUCUAUCUGAAUCACCUCAAGCAGCUGGUCAAGCAGGAGGACCACCCGCUGGUCUCAGACAGGAGAGCUCCGGAGGAGAAUACAAAGAGGAACUUUAGCAUCGACUACCUGAUCGGUGGCAUUAAGCAGGAGAAUGCGUAGACACGCCUACCUCCUUUGUGGAUUGUACUAUAUAGUUAAGUAUUACUGUAAUGCUGUUAUUAUAGUAAGUGGUUAAGCUUCUUCAAGAACUUUUAGUGCUAAGAAAUGUAACAUAUAGCAUAAGGUUAAGCCUUUAAAGGUUAAGCAGGAACUUCUUAAAAAUAAAAUAACA